AUGACCCUCACUCCAAUCACAAACCGUAUAACAAACACGUCGUACAAUAUUCCUUUCAGCUCACCGUCUCUCUCCAAAUUCAAAACCCUACGAGAACUUCCUCAAGAUUCGAUCAUGAAGGUUGCUAAAUCAAACACUGAAACCAGGAGCUCCAAGCUCUCUGUGAACAAGAUGCCUGCUAAGGUAGGCAAAGCUGCUGCUAAGGAUCCUAACAAACCGAAGAGGCCAGCCAGCGCCUUCUUCGUUUUCAUGUAA